GAAAGAGAAAGAGAGAGAGAAAGAGAGAGAGCGGGGACUGAUGGAGUGAAGUUUAAGGCUUCAGCUUCUUUUAAGCAGACAAGCGAAGUCGCUCUUUUACCUAUUCUUUUUCUAUUUCUUCUGAGACAGAUGGUUUUCUUCCUCUGGUAUCUUCAUCUUUGUUCAUCAUAAUCAAAGCUUCUGAAUCUCAGAGUUGAACAUAUAAGAAGAACAAUGGAGGAUUUCGAUCUCGAGAAUCCACUUACGAACUCCCAAGAACUUCAAUCCGAUACGAUGCCAGUACUUUUCGCCGCAGAAUCAGAUCAUAUGCCAUGCGAUUACUACUGUGGGAGCAUCGAAGCAAGGGAUUUAGAUGUCUCCGUUCGACAAGAGUCCGUCUCUUUGAUUCUACAGGCGCAGUUUUCCUGUCUCUUCGAUCCGUUAAUGGCGUAUCUGGCCGUAAAUUACCUCGAUCGGUUCAUCGCCACACAAGGAAUUCCGCAAGGGAAGCCGUGGAUACUGAAGCUUAUUGCUAUGUCUUGCCUCUCUUUGGCGGCGAAGAUGAUGAAAUCGGACUUCUCCUUGAUCGAUUUUCAGAAGGGAGAAGGUUUCAUCUUCGAUACACAGUCUAUACAGAGAAUGGAACUCCUGAUUCUCGGAGCUCUGAAGUGGCGAAUGCGCUCAAUAACUCCUUUCGCAUUCGUGCAUUUCUUCCUGUCUUUGUUCAUGCUGAAAGAUCCGCCGCUAAGAGAUGCUCUCAAAACCAGAGCUAAAGAGAUCGUCUUUAAAGCUCAAAACGAAAUGAAGCUUCUUGAUUUCAAACCAUCGAUAAUAGCAGCUUCUGCGCUCCUCUCUGCUUCUCAUGAGCUAUUUCCCAUACAAUUUCCUGGUUUCAGAAAAGCCAUUUCGUCUUGUGAAUAUGUAAACAAAGAAAACCUGUUCGAUUGCUGCAAUGUCAUGCAGGGCAUAGUGAUGGACGGCUACGAGUCAGCUUUUGAUAUGGUAUCGAGCUCGGACACGCCAGCCAAUGUGCUUGACCUUCAUUGCUCGAGCUCGGAUAGCGAUAUUAUCGCCACAACUACCCUAAGAGCAGAGAGGGACCUCAGACGGCGAAAGGUCAGCGACUUCUGCAAUGAGAAACCUUUCCAGCUUUCUCAGAUUCAACAGUGCUGAAUGACACCCCUUCUGAUUACUGAUACAAACUACAAUGUCGCAGAGGACGACGACAUUAGCAACAAUCCAAAGCAGAAAGCAAGAGUAGAGUAAA